AUGUCUGGCAAUGAUAUUCCUGCUUCACUUGAUACUCCUAUCUCUACUGCUGGGAACGAACGCAACGAUCAUCAGGAUGACGAAACACAGCAACAACCGAGUGGUAUGCCUGAGCAUGGUUCUGGCGAGCACCGAUCCAUGUCCCCAGCGCAACCUGAAGGUGGUAACAGUACACUUGGGAGUUUCCCAGCUGCGGUUGCUACUCAAGCUCUCUGCAGCAAAAUGGUCGAGGAUUUUCGCUCCUCUAAGAUCUCGAAAGGAGUUGCUCUCAGCCGAAUUCACACAGCACUUGUUGAUGCCUUACCUGAAGAUUUAUCAGCUGUUGAAGACAGUUUUGCACGAUACUUAUCCAUUGUUGAAGAUCACAAACGCCAUCUCACUCAGGCAAAGCAACGUGGUGACAAACGAUCAGGAGAAGAUGAUGAGCAUCGUGACGAUGGGGAACCUGAACCUGAAUCACCAGCAUCGACGAAACACGCUAGUGUUUAA